AUGCAAGUCUUGACAAGUGAUGUACUGCUCUGGCUGUUUUGCCAAAGUCAGAGUUAUUGUGUUAUUGGUGGCCAGGACAGUAGCACUGGUGAUAUUAUUUUCACGAUCCAAUCGGCAGCCCAGGGAUGGGCUGCAUUUGGUGUAGGACCUAGCAUGUUCGACUCGACAAUGUACGUCGGCUAUAUAAACAGUACCAACGGUAUCACGUUGUCAACCAGGGACUCGCACAGCCAUACUCUGCCCCAAUACAGCAGCGAUCAAUCCGCAAAACUAUCACACUAUGAGCAAAUGCCGACUCCAAGCUGGGCCAAAAUUGUUUUUACAGUACAGCGUCCAGCAAUUGGCCCCGCAAAGUCAAUUGAUUCAUCUUCCACAUUCCUGUUUGCCAUGUCUGAUAUACCACCUGAAUCGAUAGACUCUCCAUCAUCUCCUUUUUCGUAUCACACUAUUCGUGGCAUCAUUCGUACUCUUGAUCUGACAAGCCCUGCUUUUAUGCCCGCACCAGUAGCAGGGACUAAUGCCACAUCAAAUGGAACUGCACCGAAUGACUUGACACUAGUCAUCAUGGACUCAGUUUCGGAUAAUAGCGUUUUGCCUAUUCUUCCCCUUCCUCCAGGUGUUACAUACGAGUCUAUUUUACGCGCUCAUGGUAUUAUGAUGUUUGUAGCAUGGACCAUCUCCCCUGCAAUUGGAAUAUUCAUUGCACGAUACAUGAAGGACAGACUUGGAGUCUGGUGGUUUCGACUACAUGUAUUUUUCAUGUUUUUUGUGACGGGACUCCUGACAAUCGCAGCAAUUAUUCUUGUUGUAUUGUACAAAACACCUCCGCAUUUCACAAAUGGAUUCCAUAGGUCAUUUGGUCUUGCAAUUGCAAUAGUUAUGAUUAUUCAAAUCAUUUUGGGAGUGAUUUGCGAUAGAAUGUUUAGCCCGAAUCGUACAUCGAUUCCUAUCUGGGAUAAACUUCACUGGAUUUUUGGACGAUCUCUUGCUGUAGCUGGAAUGAUCAAUAUCAUUACCGGCAUGAGUAUGCUUCAAUCUAUUGGAUAUGUUGUCACGGUUGGUACUAAAGCUGGAUACGGCGUUAUCGUAGGCUGCAUUCUUAUUGGGUUUAUCGUCGCUGAAGUGAUGCUUGGCCAAAUUCAUCAUGGAAAGAUAGCCCCACCGGAACUUAAUGACAAGACGCCAGAAAAAUCUGUUUUUUGA